UCCCAUCUUUUCCGCGUGAAUCGCAUUGCCAGAUAUUAUGGCGCCCACAAUCGAUACCCUCAUCAUCGGCGCCGGCCCUAGCGGUCUCUGUGCCGCAAAGACACUCCUUCAACAUGACCUGGCCGCCGAGAUACUCAUCCUCGACGGUCGCGCCUCGGUCGGCGGUGUCUGGUCGAAAGAGCAGAUCUACCCGAACCUGAAGACCAACAACCUCGUCUCGGCGAUCGACUUCUCAGACUUUCCCAUGGACCCGGAGCGCUUCGGCGUCAAGAUCGGUGACCAUGUUCCUGGCAAGGUCAUGCACGAGUACCUGGUCGCCUACGCAAAACAUUUCAGCGUAUGGGACAAGAUCCAGCUGAACACAAAGGUCGUACGGGUGACUCGUCCAGAAAACGAGGGACAAUGGAACGUCGAUGUCGAGGAGAACGGCGAAGCAAAGACCGUGACCUGCGCACGCCUCAUCGUCGCAACGGGCGUCCUCACCGUGCCGCAUAUUCCCGACAUCACCGGCUCCGAAGACUUUAACGCCCCUAUCAUCCACUCUUCUGAUCUCGGUCCAAAGGCAACCCUCUUCUCCUCUCCCGAUAUCACCACAGUAGCGGUCUUAGGCGGGAGCAAGUCGGCAUACGAUGCGGUUCACUUAGCCGCCUCUACAGGCCACAAGGUCCGCUGGCUCAUCCGCCGCUCCGGCCGCGGGCCCGUGUGGGUCGCGCCGGCGUUCACGCAGCUCGGUCCAUUCAAGGUCUGGCGCGAGCGUCUUGUGACUCGGAGAAUCUGCGCCUUCAUGUCGCCGUGCGUGUUCCCUGACUUCUCGGGUCUCGCAUGGGUUAGACGGUUUCUGCACGAGAGCGCUGUCGGCCGGGUGCUUAGCAAGACGUUUUGGAAGUUGAUCCGGCACGACACGAUCAAUGAUUGCGGAUACCAGACGGACGAGAAGACGAAGGUGCUGCAGCCGGAGCAGAACAUGUUCUGGUACGGCACUGCUUCUGGUAUCCUCAGCUUCGAUGACGAUUUCUUCGAGUACGUCCGCAACGGCACAGUUCAGAUCUACCGCGAAGACAUCGACCACCUAUCAGACCACAACAUCCACUUCACCGACGGCUCAAGCAUCUCCGCCGAUCUCUUGGUCACAUCAACCGGCUUCUCCGCAAAACCAACCAUCAACUUCGAGCCUGCAUCUCUGCAUUCCGACCUCGGCAUCCCUUCAACAUCUUUAGGACCUAAACAAGAAGCAUUCUGGAACGACGCAAACGCAAAGGCAGACGCCACAAUUGGUACACGCUUUCCACGCCUACUAGACGGUCCCUUCCAAAGCCCUACAUCCUCAAAGACAAAGUCAUUCAACCCCGGUGCUUCAGCAGAGGUCUCCUACACCCCCUGGCGCCUCUACCGCGGCAUCGCCCCGCCAGGCCUCGCAGCGCGCGACGACCGCUCCCUCGUCUUCCUCGGCGCCUUCAGCAACCUCGCUAACAUCAUGCGCCUCGAGGUGCAGUGCCUCUGGAUGCUGGCGUAUUUCGAAAACGGGAUCCCCAACUUUGACGUCGACCGCCGCGCGGGCCGCGUCUUCGAGGAGACGGCGUUAUUCCAGCGGUGGGCGCAGCACCGGGCGCCGUACGGGCACGGUCGGUUUUAUCCGGAUCUGGUUUUCGAUCAGUUGCCGUAUUGGGAUAUGUUGCUCGGCGAUGUCGGGGUGGAGACGGCGCGGAAGGACGGCAUGUGGGCCGAGUUGUUUGAGAGCUACACGCCGAUGGAUUACCGCGGCAUGGUGCAGGAUUGGAUUGACCAGAACCGGUAGACGUCUACAUGACUCUGUAAUGACAAUGAUACCCGCAGGUGUAAUGAUCAAUGAAUUAGCAUUAGUAAGAGAUUUGGUUUAAUUAUUGCUAUGGUCUAUGUG